CUCAACUCUCACACACUUGCCUUCAACACUGUUGCUGGGCUGGCCUUGGAUGCACUGUAUUAUAAGAUUGACAUACGAUUUAUGUUCGCGUGUGAAAGAUAAAUGGGUUGUGUCUGCACCUAGUGUAGUGUAACACACAACAGGUCUUUGCAGCAGGAUUUAAAGACCUGUGGUUGUAUUCAAAAACAAGCAGGUGGACAGUGCUGAGAUGGACUACCUCUUUUAUUUCUCUGCUGAGACGUGGACUCUCCUGGUUGCUCUCGUCACUUUGAUCCUUGUGUAUGCCAACUGGCCAUAUGGGACGUUUAAACGAAUGGGCGUCCCUGGUCCCAAACCAAUAUUGUUUAUGGGGACAAUGAUGGGUUAUAAAAAGGGUCUUGUUCAGUUUGAUGAGGAAUGCUUCAAGAAAUAUGGGAAAACGUGGGGACUUUACGAUGGCCGUAAGCCUGUGCUGUGUAUCACAGAUCCUGCCAUGAUAAAAACCAUCCUGGUAAAACAUUGUUACACUCUGUUCACCAACCGCAGAAACUUAUAUCUGAACGGGGCCCUGUACGACGCUGUGUCCAUCGCUGAAGAUGAGCAGUGGAAGAAAAUCCGUGGUGUCCUCUCUCCCUUCUUUACCUCAGGGAGAUUGAAAGAGAUGUUUGACAUAAUUAAGCGAAACUCUGCCAACCUGAUCACCAACAUGCAAAAGGCGGCGGACAAGGAUGAGCCCCUGGACCUGAAGGAGUUAUUUGGACCCUACAGUAUGGAUACAGUAACCAGCACAGCAUUCAGUGUAGACAUAGACUCGCUCAACAACCCCUCUGACCCAUUUGUCGCGAACAUCAAGAAGAUGCUGAAGUUUGACUUAUUCAGCCCUCUCUUCCUCACUCUGAUCUUCUUCCCCUUCAUGGGCCCGAUAUUUCAAAAGAUGGAGCUCGGCUUUUUCCCUUCCUCUGUCACGGCCUUUUUUGACAAUGUACUGCAGAAGAUCAAGAAUGAUAGAGAGACGGGCAAACAAGCUAAUCGAGUGGAUUUCCUUCAGUUGAUGAUGGACUCCCAGAAAAACAGCACAGUCGAGAAGAAUAAAGGUUUAACUGAUCAUGAGAUUCUUUCCCAAGCCAUGAUUCUAAUCUUCGCUGGGUACGAAACAACCAGCAGCGCACUGACUUUCCUGGCUUAUAAUCUGGCAAGAAACCCUCAUGUCAUGAAAAAGCUGCAGGAGGAGAUUGACUCCACCUUCCCUAACAAGGCUCCUGUUGAGUACCAGGCCCUGAUGCAAAUGGAAUAUCUAGACAGUGUCAUCAAUGAGUCUCUUCGAUUGUACCCCAUCGUUGUAAGCGUGGAGCGUGUGGCCAAGGCAACUGUGGAGAUAAAUGGUCUUGAGAUUCCAAAAGGAAUGGUUAUCUCUGUCCCUGCAUGGAUUCUGCACCGUGACCCUGACUCCUGGCCCGAACCAGAGGAAUUCAAACCUGAGAGGUUCAGCAAGGAAAACAAGCAGAAUAUUGACCCCUACACAUAUUUGCCUUUCGGGGCAGGUCCAAGAAACUGCAUUGGAAUGCGAUUUGCUCUGAUGUCGAUGAAACUUGCAGCUGUGACGAUCCUCCAGAGGUUCAGCUUCUCUGUGUGUGAGGAGACUGAGAUUCCACUCGAGAUGGACAUGCAGUUGCUGCUUAUGCCAAAGCGACCAAUCAAGCUGAAGCUGGUGCCACGUUCAGAAACCUGCUGCUAAAAAAGUAGAGAAAGAAGUCUUUCUUGACACUCACCCUGAACUAAGUCAGUUAACAAUCAUAGUGUGCAUUUUUACACAUGAUCUGUAAUCUAUUAAGAUGUGCACAGUCAUAUUAAGAUUUAACUUCUCUCUGUAGAGCUGCGCUUACUAAUUUGAGAACUGAUUUGAGUCUAUUUUCAUUAAAUACAAACAAACUCA